AUGCUCUUCUACAAUGUUUUCGGUCUGUUGGCACUGGCCCAACAUGCACUGUCGCAUUCAGAACCAAAAACCAAAGCAUCCCCGUCCAACGUGGAUUUCUCAUUGCCGGACUUGAUCCAAGCCAAAAAAUUGCCCAAUACGUGGAUUUCCGGUGGACAGACAACUCUAGACGAAGGCAGAGUGGUUCUGACGCCCAAGAAGUCGUCUGUCGGAUCUCUUUGGUCCAAAAAAGAGUAUUCGUUAGGAGACUCAUUCACCGCAGAGUGGACAGUCAGAAGCACCAAUUACAGGGGGAAGUCGGAGGGUGGAUUAGCGCUAUGGUUUGUCAGCGGGAAGGGCAGUGACGACUUGAAGCUGCACAAUGGACCCUCGCAGUUUGACGGGCUUCAAUUGCUCAUAGACAGCAAUGGCGAGUUGGGCAGCACCCUUCGUGCACACUUGAAUGACGGCACCAAGCAACUCACCAGCAGUAAUAUCUACGAUGAGACCUUCGCAUCAUGCCUGCUCGCUUAUCAGGACUCCACCGUUCCACUUACUGUAAGAUUGACGUAUAGUAGUGGCAACGAUAACUUUCUCAAGGUUCAAGUUGACAACAGAGUGUGCUUCCAAACCCGCAAAGUGAGCCUCCCGGUGCAGAACUACAAGUUUGGUAUAACUGCUGACAACGCCGAUACAGAUGAAUCGUUCGAGCUCCUACAGUUCAAGGUUUACGACGACGUCAUCGACGAGUCCUUGAUCCCUAAUGUGAACGCCAUGGAACAACCUCGAUUGAUAACCAAGGUGAUUAAUGAAAAGACCGGGCAAGAAGAAUUGAUCGAAAAGACUGCGCUUGAGAUGAGCAGUGACCCUGGGUCCAUCUCGAAUUUUGACUUAUUGAAGAAACUCAACAGACUUGAAGGUAAAGUUUUGGCCAACGACAUCAGUGUGCUGUCCAAUGCGAUCGAUGAACUAAUAUCUGUGCAGUCUUUGCAAUCCAAAAAAUUGGAAAAGGUGAUAACACUAUUAGCUUCUCGUAAGCCGAGCAAUGGUAAUGGUGGAGAAGACGAUGCAGUUAUAGAUGAAAGCUUCAAGGAUUUCUUCAAAUUGGAUGAAAAAUUGGAGAAGUUACUUUUAGAACAGCAAAGGAUCAGAGAGUCUUCUAAGCAGAAUGCGUUUGGCGAUAACGGGGGCCCCCAUAUCGAUGAAAUUGUGCGUAAGCUAACCAUCUGGUUGAUUCCCUUGGUAGCACUAAUGCUGAUCAUGGCAUACUACACCUUCAGAAUUCGCCAGGAAAUUGUGAAGACCAAACUUUUAUAA